AUGGAUGGAUCUCCCGCGGGUGUUGGGCUGAAAUUGGAGGAUGCCCUUACGUUUUGGAAAGCAGAAUUUUCUCAGAAGGUUGGAACCGAGCGGUUUGACAAAGAAUAUGCAUACAGUAUACGCCAUAACUAUGGAAAAGAAGGAAAGAGAACUGAUUAUACGCCUUACUCUUGUCAAAAGAUCAUCUCAUCAACACCUGGUGUAGGAGAUCACCAUGGUUGCCCUUAUCGACAUUUCAGUGAGGAAAAUUUGAGAGCUGCUCUUACUAAGAUGGGAGUAGGUGGCCACGCCAUGGAUGACAUAAUGCAGAAAGUCCAAACCCGGCAUUACCAACUGGCGUGUACAUUAACCUUUGAAGCUGUUCAUGGCAUCUCCUGUGAUACUGGUGUUAACCAUCCAAAUCAAUACUUCAUUGAGAGUCGAAAAGCACUUGAAUUGAAGAGGCAACCUACGAUGUGAUUCUUUUUGGCCACAGUGACAAGGAUAUAAUUGUUCACAAUUCAGGGCUUCAAGGUGGUUCCCCUGCAUAAGAUAAAGCUGAUGAGUGGAUAAGCAUGCACGGAGAAUUGUGUUGCUGUAAGAAAUGUAAGCCGUGUACCUUUCUUUAUGAGAUGCAUUAUUUGAUACAAUGAACUCCUUACUUGAAAGAAAUGCUUCAUGCCGGCUUUCUCAUUUUGUAUUGAAAAUGGUGUUACUAUUUUGUCUUCUUUCUCAUAUAUUAUAUAAAAGAAUGCAUGUGUUGUCA